GAUCCCUUCACUGAGCUGACCCUCCGGCUGACUGCUCGGCUCUCCUGAUUUUACACUGGCUGCAGACAAACUCCGAUGGAAAACUCUUCAUACAACAGCCUCACUCUGCAGCUCGAGGGGUUAAAGGUCACCAAGACGAGCAAGCACCCCAUCUUUAUCUGUCUGCUUUUCAUCUAUGUGUUCAUAUUCGUUGCCAACGUGGGCAUCGUGUUGUUGAUAUGGACGGACAGGAGACUGCACCAGCCCAUGUACCUGCUCUUCUGUAACCUGUCCAUUAACGACAUCAUGGGGAAUUCUCUGCUGGUUCCCCGGGUGCUCUCAGACAUUCUGGUGCCGCCCUCCGAGCGCUUUAUUCACUACUACGAGUGUCUGAUGCAGGCGUUCACCACUCAUAUGUUUGGCACCAACGCCCACACGGUGCUCAUGAUUAUGGCGUUUGACAGAUACGUGGCCAUCUGUGAUCCUCUGCGUUACGCUGCCAUAAUGUCUAAUAAAAUGGUGAUCAAGCUGACGGUCUCAGCCUGGGGCGUGGCCUUUGCUCUGGUGGCCGUCCUGCUCAGUCUGACUGUACGACUGAACCGAUGCCGGACUCUGAUCACUAACCCGUACUGUGACAACGCUUCGCUGUUCAAACUCUCCUGUGAGAACGUCUUUAUUAAUAACAUCUACGGCCUCACGUUCACCGUGGUCCUGCUCUCGGCAUCUAUCGGUUCUAUUAUCCUGACUUAUUCUAAGAUCACAGCAGCGUGUGUGACCAGUAAGAGCAAGUCUCUGAACAGUAAAGCCCUGAAGACCUGUAGCACUCACCUGUGUCUGUACCUGAUCAUGCUGGUCAGCGGGAUGAUCCUCAUCACGCUCCAUCGUUUCCCCGAGUUAGCCGAGUACAGGAAGAUUUCAGCCAUUCUCUUUAAUGUGGUCCCCGGCAGCCUGAACCCCGUUAUCUACGGCCUGCAGUCCCAGGAAAUACACAAGUGUUUGUCCAACAUAUUCCAACGCAAAAAAGUCAAGCCGUCUUUUUAA